GAAUUAGAAGUGACCCUGAUGCAUUUACAAUUCAAUGCAAAAGGAUAAUUAGGGUUCUUGUUAACAAUGUACCAAAGCCAGAAGUGUUAGCAAAUUUAAACAGUGAGAGAAUAGCACUUAUCUGUACCAGAAUGGAGAAAGGAGUUAGGAAAUUAGAUUCUUAUGCUAGUAUACUAGAAGAAUACUUGACUGCAGAUGAAUCCACGUUAGGUGAGGAAGAGAUGAGAAGUCUUGAGCAUCUCCAUGGUUCCUUAACUUCAUCUUUGCUAGAUCUCGGAGUUAGUCUAACAAAUCUUGAGAAAACCAGAGAAGACGUAGAAAGAGAAGAGAAGCAAAGGAAGAUGGUAGAAACAGCUAGUAGUGACACAGCAAAGCUCGGAGGUUCACAGUCUUUAGGAGCGAAAACUGUGAGAAGUGUUAAAGAGAAACAAAUGGAUAAUCCCGAGAUUAGAAAUUUAUUUGCUCAAGAGGGAGUGUUUGACAGUCAAACAGUAUUUACUCCAGUGGCCUCAAGUGAACAGAGAAGGGAGGUUACAUGGAGAUUACCAGAAUUAAGUGACAACUCAAGAGUCAGAGCAAGUGAUAGCUCAGCCACAGCGUCAACUUUCUCUCCAAAUUUUACAACAAUCGUUCCUUCGACAGGUCAGACUAUUGCAGAAGCAUCGGAAUCCUCUGGAAGUAAGUUUAUCUUAAAACCGAGGGUUAUGAAGUUGGCGUGAUGUAGAUCAUGAUCCAACCAGUAUAGUGGAAAUAUUAAUAGUAGAUGAAAUGAAACAAGUGAAAGAAAUCAUAGAUUCUACUUCCCCAGAAGACAUCCCAGAUGCAGAACUUCUUAAUCUUGAAGAAAAAGAAGUGAAGAAUCUUCAGAAGAUUCUUAACCAAAUGAUGGAGCGACUUGCUAAAAUGGAGGAAAAGGGUAAUCAAUCUGCAAGUUUUCAGAGAAUUUAUAACAGUGCGAUGGAUGCUCACAAAGAGGCAAGAGAGUGGAUAAUUAUGGUAUCAAGACUGAUUAAAGGGAAGGAACUCUGGUAUGCCAGUUCCAAAACCUUAGGCACUCCGCUGAAGCUGGAACCAUUUGAUGGAUGGAAAAGUGAUGUUAAUGUGUUUGAGUUUCUGAAGAUGUUUAAGAUAGUCACACGAAACUUGAGUCGAAAGGAUGCCGCUCAAUACCUAUACAAUAACUACCUGUCCAAAGAUCUACAAGCUAGUUGCAAACAUGUUAGACAUAACCUGGAGGAUAUGAUGUCAUUGUUGUCAAAGAAGUUUGGAGAUGUAUCUAGAAUUCUUGAAGAGAAGAAAUCCCAGAUUAAAGCUUUACCUAUACCAUCACGUACCAAUAAGUCUCAGGAGAGAAACUACUUCAAGAACAUUGCUGAGAUUUUAGACCAAAUUGAGAAUCUAGUCGUGGAUAACGAAGAUCAGUAUAAAGAACUUUAUAAGGAUGUCUACAGUUACAGCUUAACAAAUGAGUUGGUCAAGCUUCUUCCAGAAUUCAUCAAAAAAAGAUAUAUUGAAGAGUAUGUGAAGAUCUCUGAUAGUCAUUAUGAUGGAGCAGAGUUAUCUGGAAAGAAGUCGUUUGAAUUGCUAUCAAAAUUUGUUCAUCAACAAUACCGCAGUGUGGAAUUCUUAAUGGAUAAAUUGUCAUUAGAGAAGGAUGAUCAAGUCAAAAGAAAGGUUAAUACACUCUCCCCCAAACCUAAGAAAGCUGUAAUGAGUGCAAGACCUGAUAAAUGGGUUCGAAGUGUGUGUUUUAUGCACAAAGAGCUUAAGAAGAAAAUUCUUCUUGAAUGCGACACCAAAAGAGAGGAGAAAAAAGGCUGUAGAAUUUGGGCUUUGCCUUACUUGCUUUAUGUUCAAAUGUUACAAGAAGUCAUCAAAUGGCAAGUGUUUAUACAAGGAUCAAAUUCCAGUUCUAGUGAUUUGUCAAGAGUGUGCAGUACAUGAUGGGAGAGAUUGUAAUGUUUUGAUGUGCUCCAAACACACAAGUGAUACUAAGGAAAUAAGGAAAGCUUUAACAUCGUUCCUUGCAGGCUUUGAUGAUUCUACUAAUAUUAAGAUGUAUACGUUGGGAGUGUACAAGAUGAGAUCCAACUCUGAUGGACAAGCUGAAGAAGAAUAUGAUUCCAAAGUAUUUGUAUCCAAAGGUAGAGUACUAGAUAAGAAGGAUGUAUUAAAUAAGAUUCACCCAAAUAUGAAAGAAGAUUAGUUAUAUCUAUUCCAACAGUUAUCAUUCAAUGGAAAAUCUGCAACUGUAUUCUAUGACUCUGGAGCAAGUAUGUCAGCAGUGGAAGGAGCAUUUGCAAGAGAAGUAGGUUUUCAGGUCAUUGAUGGUCGUGAGCAGUUUAUUAACGUAGCUGGUGGAAGCACAUUUAGUACAGGGUUUGGUAUCUUUGGAACCACACUAGGACCUGCGGAAGAUGGAACAUUCUUUAGGAUAAAUAUGUUAGGAAUGGAGAAAAUAACCACAGAUUUUCCUGUGUACAAUCUCUCCAAUUUUGAGAAGGAACUUAGACAGUAUCAAAAAUCAUCCCCUAUCUCUAAAGAACCGUGUCCAAAGUUUGUUUGGUGGGCCUGUAAAGAUUAUUUUAGGGAUUAAGGAAAGCUAUAUUCAACCGAGACUGGAGAUGAUCCUCCCGUCUGGUCUGCAGGUGUAUAGAAGUCAGAUAAAAGACGUGUUCAACUCAAAUCUGAUAUUUGCUGGUCCACAUGCCGAUAUUACUCUGGCAAACAGUGGCCAGAGUGAUGGCAUGAACAAUUUGAAGAUUCUGUUCAGUUCAGAAUAUAACUCUUUCAGAAAUUCUUUGUAUACUGAUAGUUUCCUGUUAGGAGAACCAGUACUGUACAAGACUGAGAAUAUGAUUCCAUUAGAGGCUGGUUUUAACCCAGUUUUUGCUUCGGCAAUAGAAGAGACUCAGAUUGCUCAACCGGAAUGUCCACUUAACAAGGCAAGUUUAGCGCCAGGUGAUUUGAAACAGUCAUUCUCAUUUUGUAGAUGUUGUUUUGCACCUGGAGUAGAGGUUUCCAUUGAGGAAAUAGAAGCCCCAAAUCAGUGUGAGUGGAUCAGUCUUAGUGAUGAAACAUUAGUUCAAAGCAAAUUUAUUGCGAAUCAGGUGGAAUUCGGAGGUCAAUUGCCAAAUUUUAGGGCAGAACUACAUGCUGUAAAGCGGAAACCUCGUGCUUUGGAACAAAAAUUUAAAGAAAUGGAGGAUAUGGGUUCCAGGAUAACUUACUGAUGUGCAAGGUGUAGUUCUUGCGAAGAGUGCAAGAAUAGUGAAAGGACCCGAGAGACUUCUUUCCGGGAAGAGAUAGAAGAAGAUAUUAUUAACAGUUCUAUAGAUAUUGACCUGGAGGAAAAGGUUACUUAUAGUAGAUUUCCUUUUAAACGUAAUCCUGAGAGGUAUUUAGCCAGGUUGUGGAAUGGUGAAACAAAUAAUUAUAAAGUAGCUUUGAAGAUUUUUGAUCAGCAAAGGAGAAAAUCUCUAGAAACUCGUAAAGCUACAGUGAAGUUUCACAGUGAAUUAGUUGAUAAAGGAUUUGUAGUUCCUUUUUAUCCUUACCACAAAGUGUUCAGGAAAGGGUAAAUGAUGGUAAACUAAAGCAUUAUCUGUAUUGGAGAACGGUGUUUAAUGAAAAUAGCUUGUCCACCCCUGCAAGGAUUGUAGUUGAUCCCAGCAUGUCGGGGUUCAAUGAUACACUGGCAAAAGGAAUCAAUUGCCUGAACUCUUUGUACAUGAUCGGUAUCAAUUGGAGAAGCUGGAUUGUAGGGUUUACUGCAGACAUAAGUAAAAUGUAUAAUACUAUCAAACUCUAUGAAAGUGAAUAUAGGUAUGUACUUUUUCUGUGGUCACCCACGUUAGACCCCCAAGAGGUAGUGGAAACCUGGGUUUAUGUGUGUGUUACUUAUGGGUUAGUAUCCUCUGGUAAUAUCACAACAGCGGCAUUGCGGAGAAUAGCGACAAUGUUUAAAGAUCAAUAUCCGUUGGCAUAUGUUAUUCUCUUGAGGUUCACCUAUAUGGACGACAUUAGUGGGGGAGCUUCAGAGAAAGCUGAUGCUGUUGCUAUACUCAAGCAGAUUGAAGAGGCAAUACCUAAUGCAGGUUUUAAGUUGAAAGUUACCUGUAUCAGUGGAGAACCACCCCCAGAGAAAGCAAGUGCUGAUGGAAUACAUACAAUGUUUUGUGGAUAUCGCUGGGCCACACAGAAGGACUUAAUGAUGAUUGGGUUUAGUGAAGUAAAUUUUAAUCCUAAGCUGAGAGGAGCAAAGAAACCCAACGAAGAACUUGUAGAUUCAAUUGAGAAAGUUGAGAAGCUUGUAGACUCAGUACAACUAACUAGACGCAUGUGUUUGUCUAAAGUGAUGGAACUGUAUGAUGCCAUCGGAGUUGUUGAAGUCAUUAAGGCCAAGCUAAAA